AGAGAGAGAGAGAGAACGAGCAAAGGCAUCAGUUCGCUACGCUCGCAAGGGAAUCAGAAGCGAAAACAGAACGUGGACACAAUGGAUUCUAUAAUAGACGGAUUGUAAACUUGAACGAAACACUGCGAGCAAGGGGGAAGACAGAGGAGCUAUGCUGUUACUUCCAAGUCUCAGUGGCUCAGUUUGAUUAACCAUGAUGAAGACUGAACCCCCAUCGGCGGGCAGUGCCAGCUCCACCCUCCGGAGCCCGUCCCCCCACAGGAACGCCUAUGAGGCGGGCAUCCAGGCUCUGAAGCAGGCCCACGACGCCCUGAAUAAUGCCGCCAAUGGGGACGAUGCUGCCAAGGAUGGAAAGCCACCACGGCCUACCGGCAGGGGCCGCCGCCAGUACGGCUCCAAUGUCCACCGCAUCAAGAACAUGUUCAUGCAGAUGCAGUCGCCUGGCGAUGAGGAUGACCCGUCCAAGGCCAAUGACCAGGCGGUGCGGCUGUCCCUACCCAGGGCCAGCAGCCUCAAUGAGGACGUGAACCACAGCGCCCUGCUCAAGCUGGGCGCCACUGUCUCCGAGCGCGUCAACCGCUUCGACCCCAAGGGCGGCGAAGUCGGCGGUUCCCGAGGGGCCUCAGCGGGGUACUCCAAGCUGCAGGAGACGAGGAAGAUCUUCGAGCAGCGCCAGCUGCAGGAGAAGCAGUCGGCCACCAACCGCAUCCUGCUCAAGAAGGAGCGUCCGGUUUCAUCCGCGGUCCAGGACAGUCGGCUGGAUGUGGUAGUGCGCUUCAAUGGCAGCACUGAGUCUCUGGACUGCCUGGAUAUGGUAGGGGGAGCCGGUGAGGCGGUGUCGCCCACCGUUAGCCAGCUAAGCGCUGUCUUCGAGAAGGGUGACCUGAGGAACAACCUGAACCGGCCCUCCUCCACAUCCCCAUUGCCCUCCCGAGAAGAAAGCCCCACUCCGGCGAAAACAGCGGAAUGCCUCAACUCCAAAAUCAUCGCCAGGAAGGUGCAAGUCUUGCCCCCAGGAAGUCAGGAGGAUGGGAGCAGCCAACCCUUGGACCAGGAGGGUUCCCCCAGGAACAGAGCAGCUCCCCAAAACGACAACGGCUCCUCAGGAAGUCCACAAACAGGGGACAGGACCUCUUCUGCUUCUACCGAAGCCAAGCCUGAGAGGGAGAGGGGGAAGGAAGCCAGGGGCUCAAGUACCGGAGGCGAGCCUGGCAGGGAACCAAUACCCAGGGACCAAGAGGACUCCUCUGCACCCGAGGCAGGAAGCCGGCUGGUGCAGGCCGAGAUCCACGCCUCACUGGAAAAUGGAGAGGCCUCUGGGGGCCCCAGUGACAUGGUAGGGCGGCAGGAGGGAGAGAGGGGCCACAGGGAGGAGCCAGGGGAGGGGCCCCACUGUGAGGGACAGGAAGAGGAUGGCCUGGAGGAGGAGUCUCGUAAGGAUGAUUACUCGGAGGGCGACCUGGUGGACAUCAGUGCAUACAGCGGCAUCGGAGAGGAUUCCGGCGGCAGCCAGCUGGAUGAGGAUGAGGAGGAAGAUGAGCCCUACGAGCCAGAGUCGAGCUGCUCUGAGAUCCCGGGACUGCCUGCUGAGGAGGAAACACCGCCGGAGAACAGGAAGAUCUGCUUUAGCACUGGACCGAUAAAGGUGUUCACCACCUACUCCAACGAGGACUACGACCGGCGUAAUGAUGACGUGGAUCCCAUGGCGGCGUCGGCUGAGUACGAGCUGGAGAAGAGGGUGGAGAGACUGGACCUCUUCCCUGUGGAAUUGGAGAAAGAUGGGGACGGUCUGGGGAUCAGCAUCAUUGGCAUGGGUGCCGGGGCGGACAUGGGUCUGGAGAAACUGGGCAUCUUUGUCAAGACGGUCACUGACGGAGGAGCUGCACACCGAGAUGAAAGGAUCCAGGUGAAUGACCUGAUCGUGGAGGUGGAUGGGACCAGUCUGGUGGGCGUGACCCAGGCCUUUGCUGCCUCCGUCCUCAGGAACACCACCGGCACUGUCAAGUUCAUGAUUGGCCGAGAGAAGCCAGGUGAGCAGAGCGAGGUGGCCCAGCUGAUCCAGCAGACCCUGGAGCAGGAGCGCUGGCAGAAAGAGAUGAUGGAGCAGCGCUACAGCCAGUACAUGGAGGAGGACGAGGAGACAGGUGAGUAUGCCACGGACGAGGAGGAGGAGAUGAGCCCCAUGUUCCCCAACGCCAUAGAGGUAUUUGACCUGGCGGAGAAUGAGGACAUGCUCUCCCCAAUGGAGAUGGACCCUGAGAAAAUGGCCCACAAGUUCAAAGAGCUACAGAUAAAGCAUGCGGUCACCCAGGCUGAGAUUCAACAGCUGAAGAGAAAGCUGGCGCAUUCAGAGCAGGACAAGCUGCGCUGGCGCAUGGAGCGUGCCCAGCUGGAACAGAGCGUUCGGGAGAACAAGGAGCGCAUGGAGAAGCUGGAGGGCUACUGGAUGGAGGCCCAGAGUCUGUGUCAAGCGGUGGACGAACACCUGAAGGAGACACAGGCCCAGUACCAGACCCUGGAGCGCAAGUACAGCAAGGCCAAGCGCCUCAUCAAGGAAUACCAGCAGAAGGAGAUUGAGUAUCUGAAGAAGGAGACGGCUCAGCGCAGAGCCCAAGAGGAGACAGAGGCCACUCAUAAGGAAGAGGCCGACAACCUCCAGGACAAGAUCACAGACCUGGAGACCAAGGUGGAUGCUCUGAAGACCUCUGAUCCCUCCUAAACCUCUGGCAGAGAGAGAGAAAGGAGGGACAAUGCCUUCACACUUUUACAAUCCACGUUGCACCUAACGGAUUGUAAGAAUGACUAAAGAAGAAGAAAAUAAUGGAGAAAGGAAGACUUUAGGUGCAGCAGUUUUAAGUGGGGGGUG